AUGGAAACAGGAGCUGUAUGGAGAUGGUUUAUCGAAUGGGGGGGGGAAAAGUACCUUGAAACAACUUUGAGGAAGUUUUACAUAAGAUUAUUCAUUCAUCCAUCCACGGUCAAAUUGGUACCUGUAUUAAUUUCCUUGUGCCUGUCGGUCACUCUCCAUACGGAUGUGGGCGAUAUUAAAAUUGAAUUAUUUUGCGAAGGAUGUCCAAAAACAUGCGAAAACUUUUUGGCACUUUGCGCGAGCGAUUAUUACAAAGGUUGCACAUUUCAUAGAAACAUAAAAGGUUUCAUUGUUCAAACUGGGGAUCCAACUCAAACCGGAAAAGGAGGUUCGUCAAUUUAUGGUAGAAAAUUCGAAGAUGAAUUCAAAGAAGAAUACAAGCACACCGUUAGGGGAAUCGUUUCAAUGGCGAAUAACGGUCCCAAUUCGAACGGAAGUCAAUUUUUCAUAACCUACGGACCACAACCUCAUUUGGAUUUGAAAUAUACGAUUUUUGGAAAAGUCAUUGACGGAUUCGAUUCAUUGGACGAAUUGGAAAAGUUAGUCGUAAAUCCUAAAAAUUUCAGGCCUUUGACGGACACUAAAAUAAAUGACGUCACAAUACAUGCAAAUCCACUCGCGAAUUAA